AAAGAGUGAGGGUGAGAAGAUGUAAUUGUGCCUGCCGAUUGAAGGCUCAAGAGUCCACAGGGACGUGAUGCGCCACACCGCCCACACCAUGUGUCAUCACAAUCCCUCUCUGUCCCUUUCAUCGCCUCCCCCUUCCAAGGACGGCUCAGAAUCGCCUUGGACCCUCGACCGUUCCAGAUCACCUCCGAUUCCAUGUAUUUGGUGCCUCUGCCAUGCCUUCAUAGGUGUUUCUCUACUCAUUGGCAACACAGCGGACCGCGCUAGCAGCUAGUACGAGUGGACGGGUGAAAGACUUCCACUUGCUGCGCGAUCAGUCAAGCGCACGAUGGCAGCUGCCUUCCUCAGCCAGGUCUCGUCCUUCAUUGGACGGACGAGCAUAUCGGCCAAUUACACAUUUGACGAGAAUUCCCCACCGUCACAAGUCGGUCUGUGGAAAGUCUACAAGGCCACUCGGAAUGCUGGCACAAGCGCUGCUGUAAACACGGGCAGGCAGAAUGUCAGCGUCUGGGUGCACAAGCUAGAGGCGAGAGGCAGGGAGCGAGAAGCAGUGGUUGAACAGGCAAAGAAGGAGGCAUCUGCUAUGACUCGCUUGAGACAUCCUUGCGUCUUGGAGGUUGUCGAACCCCUAGAGGAGACAAGGUAUGAACUGACCUUCGCCACCGAGCAGAUUGUCGCACCAUUGCAAGAAGCGCUGCACAGCGACAGCAGAAAUGAUAUCCAGCUCGACGAAGUGGAAACUCAAAAGGGCCUUCUGCAGGUUGCGCGGGGACUAGAGUUUCUGCACGAUGCAAAAAUGGUCCAUUCGAAUCUCACGCCAGAUGCAGUUUUGAUCAAUGCCAAAGGUGACUGGAAGAUUGGUGGCUUCGCAUUCCUGACACCUCUACAAUCGGCGGAUGGACGGCCCACAGCCUGGACUUUCCCUGAUUAUAACGCUGCCCUACCUGCCGCAAUGUCGCGGCAUUGGGACUACAUGGCUCCCGAGUAUGCGAUCGACGAGAAACUGGAGAUGGCGAACGACAUGUAUGCCCUCGGCUGCAUAAUCUUUGCGGUCCACAACAAGGGUAGCCCACCCUUCCGCAAUCGGAAUAGCGCCGUUACUUUGCGACAGAACGCAGACGAGCUGUCCACCGUCAUUGGGAGCACCUCUUGGGCUAGGAUGGGCGCUGAUGUCCUCAGUAUUCUCAGUUCUCUUCUCACCCGAUACCCAGUAUCAAGGCUGACUGCCAAGUCGUUCCAAAAGAGCAACUAUUUCAACAACAUCCUUGUCUCUACGCUCAAGUUCAUGGAAAGAGACAAUUUCGCAGGGCGACAGAAAGAGGAACGGGUCCAAUUUUUGAAAGGGCUCAUGAAUGUCCUACCGCAAUUCUCAGAUCGACUACUAAGAAGGAAAAUGCUUCCGGCACUAUUGGAACUCAUGUCGGAUCGCUCUCUUCUGCCAUUUAUUCUACCAAAUGUCUUUUACAUCUCCAAGAAUCUCUCCAUGAUCGAAUUUUCCAACAGCAUAUUACCAAAGCUGCAACCGCUCUUCCAGAUUCAAGACCCGCCGCAGAAUCUGCUGCUUCUCCUCGAACAGAUCGAGCUCUUCGUGACUAAGACCAGCCCCUCUGUGUUUCGCGAAGGAGUAACGCCUUUGCUCUAUUCUUCGCUCGAAUCGGAGCACGCCACCGUCCAAGAGCGAGCUUUGAAAGUCGUUCCGCGACUGUGUGAGAUCCUCGAGUACUCACACGUGAAGGAAGUUCUCUUUCCAAAGAUUGCGGCGUUGUUUACGAGGACUAAAGUGCUCAGCGUCAAGUGCAAUACGCUCAUCUGCUUUCAUUCGAUGAUCGCUGUGCUCGACAAGUAUACCCUGACGGAGAAGCUCGUGCCACUUCUCUCUCGUAUCAAAACUAAAGAGCCUUCAGUGAUGAUUGCCACACUCGCAGUAUACGAGGUCAUGUCGAAGAAGGUUGAUAGAGAGACGCUCGGUUCGGCCAUCAUCCCCCAGCUAUGGACAAUGUCCAUGGGCCCGCUUCUGAAUGCGGAUCAGUUUGUGCGUUUCAUGAAAGCUGUGAAGGAGAUGGGCACUCGAGUCGAGUCGGAACAUCUCCAACAUUUGAAGGAGGUGAAGCGCAUGCAGGAGCACACAGACAGCUAUGUGUCAGGACAACAAGCAGGAGGGCUUGGACGUGGCGUCACAAAUAUCGACAGCAGCAAGGGCGAAAUCGACUUCGCCACCCUAAUCGGCUCAGCGCACUCAAUUGGGAAGGAAAUUGUCAAGGACAAGCCGCAAGGAGCGGAUCCCUUUGGCCUGGACGAGUUCGACACCCUCACAAGCCAUUCCUCAACUCCGUUGCCAGGCUCGACGCCAGCGCUGACACCAUCACAUACUGGUAGCAAUGCAGCUAGUGCUAGCAGCGGUUUGGUCACGCCGGCAAUGAUGUCGAAUGGUGCGUCGCUAACUACUGCCACUGCGUCACGCCCAGGAAUCUCGCCCGUUGCGACGAGCGCAUUUCGCGUGCUCCAGUUGAGUGCGCCCCCGAGCGCGCCAUCGGCUUCUUCGCUUGCUCCCACCCUUUCCAAGCCGCUUGCUCCCAGCAGCACAGGUGGCAGUCGGGCUGUUACUCCCACGUGGACGAGCUAUCCGCUCGCGCCAACUUCGAGCAACACCAGCGGUAGUAACGCCAACAGCAGUCAGUCAUCAUACAUGAAUGGCGCUUCAAAUUACAACAUCAGUCUGAGUUCCCAGUCAACCCAACCUUCGAUGCCGCUAACCAAACCCAUGUCUACGGGGCUCGGUGCGGCGCCGCUACCACCCCUUCAGCCAAGUGGCAGCUCGUUGAGCAACCUGUCUGGAAUUGCCUCUGUUUCGGGCUCUGUCCCUUCUUCCGGCACUCAAGGAGUUGGGACUGGAGCGAGUAGGCCUGUACAGUCACCGGGAUGGGGAACGGUGUUGACACCGUCCAAAGCGCCGGGCGCCGCCGCGGAAAAUAAGCAAAAUGAUUGGAGCGACUUUGAUCCGUUGCGGUGAUCAGAUGCGGGCUGCUGUAGUAUACAGGCGCGUCUGAUAUACAUUAAAUGGCUUGUUGGAACC